AUGACUCUCGGUGCUUCUCUCCACAACGUCUUAACCCGCGUGAAGUCUCAUCCCCACGUAUAUCCUGCGAUCGAUCUGUCGUACUCUUCCACCGAACCCCUCUGUAAACCGGUGGUCUUACAGUUGCCCUCCAACGGGUUGCGCCUUCGCUUCGAUGGCCCCGACCAGAGACUCCGCCUAAUCGAAGUGCUGGACUUUUCUCGAAUUAAUCUGGUCUACAAGAGUCAGGAUGUGCUAAAAAGUGGCAAAAAAGAUGAGCCAGCGACCUCCCCACAAGGUCCCAGUUUUCGGCAUGUCUACAAUCGCCUGUUUGGCCCGUCUUACCCGGGCGAGUAUGUCCCACCGGUGGAUAGGUCCUCGUACGGUACCUACGUGCUGUCGUAUCCUGGAGUUGCAUUCUCGUUCCCGCUGCAACAUUCCGCCUGGUCCGACCAGUGUGACUUCGUAGCCUUGCUUUCGUCCUCCGCUGCUCUGCCGGCAACCUCCAUGUCCAUAUUUCAAGGGUCUUCUUGGCCCGAGAUCCGAAUGAAACUGUUCACCCAACCACCUCAAGGUCCCCGAUUUUCCGCGGUCGCCGGCAAAUCACGCGAGUCUUUCGCCGAUGAGGUCGAGGAAAUCCAUAUCCUCGGCGCUGGGAAGCUAGAAGUGAUUAGGCGAGCGAGUCCACCGUUGCUAAUUAACCUCGGGGAAACCACUCCCCAGGAUCUGAUCGCUGGGUUUGGUCCUCCGGAUGCCAUCUAUCGUAAACAUGACCGACGAAUUUCUAUACACCGCGCAACAGGGACUAGCGGCGGGGACCCUCUGCAUAUGAGUCCCUCGCCGGGACGAGCUAUGGAUAUACCUGACACUGAUCAUUCCUCCAGUAACAGCGUGACAGAUGACUCAGACGAGGAAAUUUCCCCAAGCAACAUUGGCGACCCAACCUCGUUGCCAACAGAAUGCUUCUUUAACUACUUUCACCACGGCUUCGAUGCCUUCAUCUCGUACCCGGAAACAGCAGGGCCGGCCUUCCCGAAUUCAGGCAUAUCAGAUCCAACCUCUCCACCAUUCUCAUCUCAACUGACCGUGACCAAAUUGGUUCUACAUGGGAAUGUACCAGGAUCAUACCCCUUCAAUCGUCAUCGUCGAAGCCGCUGGAUGAUCCACCUCGACCAGUCCGGUGAUGGUCUUACUUCUGAAACGCCAUAUGAUGAAAUUUCCAAGCGGCUCCGUGAUGUUUGGAAAGGACAUUAUAGCAACCAAUUAGAGGAGCGCUCCACGCAACGGCCCAUGGUUCUGAAUCGAGGUUGGGGCGAUAGUCCAGAGAGCAGUGUGGAAUUCCUUGGGGGCUGGGAAGAAACCACAGCCCGAGGGCCCAGGGCCGGUCCGGAUGGACAAGACGGCGGCUUGGGAAAUACGGAACUUUUUGGAUUCCCGGGGCUUCUGUUUGAAGUUUUAAAGAAUGGUGCGGUCAGCUGUCUAACGGUUUAUUAA